CUCGUUCGGUAUGUUUGAAAUCCAGUACAUAUAAAACCAAUUCAGACCAAGUUAACUGGAACGGUACUGUGAAGACCUGCAAAGGCUACUCAGAGAUUCGUCCAAAUGCAAAUUCGAGAUCGUUACCUAGAAUUGCUUAAGUCUGUUCAUAGAUUCAGCAAAACUAGGUACAAACUUUGUUUGGCAUUAGAACGUUUGUGUUUUCUUUUAGCAAUCCAAAAAUUAAAUAAAAAAUCCAGUAUUAUCAUAGAUCCGGUACUAUACUGUAUUUGGAUUUUGUAGAAAUGUUUAGACACACUUAUGUGUAAUCAAUUUUGAUUGGUGGAAAUAUUGUAUUAUCCUCGCUCUCUCUCUACUCUUUCUCACGAACGGCGAGUUUGGAAGCAAGCGGAGGAGAGAAGUUCCACCGGCGUGGGUGACAAUUGGUGACUCUGGUUCAGCAAAACCGGUGACUCUGAUUGAGCAAAUCGGCGUUUAAUGAUAGCAAUCGAAGAGUAUAUGGCUUCACCAAAUCGGCGUUUCUCAUGGAGAUUUCUCGCUAUUUAUUUUGGGUUUAGAGCUUGGGAAAACGUUUUGAUGAUGGUGAGAUAUAUGUUCUGCUGCAAGAGACUGUAAUGUAAGGGAACGUGAAUCUACUGCAGCCAAGCUUGUGGCCAAUUUGAUAUCAACACAGACCAGGACUAACCAAUGAAUUCCAGAUCUUGGUCUGUUUUGGGCUUUGAAGACACCAAACCAGUACUUGAAGCCAUAAAGAACAAAGGCAUAACAACCAUUGGAGCUGCAGGGAUGUGUUGGGGCGCACAAGUAGUGCGUGGAGCUGUCUAUACUAGAGCUUAUUCAAGCAGCUGUUUUCCUUCAUCCUACAUUUGUUACAGUUGAUGAUAUCAAGGGUGGGAAGGCUCCAAUUGCUAUAUUGGGAGCUAAAAUUGAUCAUUGGACCUCAUCAGCACUCGUGAAGCAAUUUGAAGAGACUUUAGCAUCCAAACCCGAGGUACCUAGCUAGUUACGUGAAGAUACACCCGAAAGUGUCACACGACAGUCAGUUGCGAUUAUUUUUGGUUUCUGCAUUGAAUCGCUGAAGGUUCCAUUAGAGAUUGAGGUCUUCUUGGUAGUGAAAAGGGUUGGCGAAAAAGUAUGGAUAGGAUUAGUAAUUUACCAGAUGAUUUUAUUGUUACUCACGUAGUCUCCUUACUCUCGGCAAAAGCGGCUGCGUGCUUGAAGUGUACCUCCAAGAAAUGGCGGAAUCUGCUUACCGUCUUACCGAGUGCUGUUCUUGUUGGUUUCUCCUCGUCUGUCGUUAGUACUAAGGCAAGUCUCAAAGAUUUCGCUGAUGAAUUAGUAUCGGCUCGACAUGCCAUUCACCGUUUGAGGAGAUUCUCUCUAAAGCUACAGUCUUUGGAUUUUGCUCAAUAUAGUACUGUCAACGAUUGUUUACGAGAUGCGUUCAAGUGUGGUGUCUUGGAUCUUGAACUGGACGUCAACGUCCAAGGAGAUUACUCACUACCUUCUGAGAUCUUCACUUGCAAGAGCGUUGUGAAAAUGAAACUAGGGUCUGGCUUUGUUAUUGACUCUCUCCCGAAGAAUGCUUUGCUUCCUGCUCUUAAGACUCUCCUUCUUGAUUCAGUUCGGUUCAAUGAUACUGUUGGUUGUGCGUUUACAAGGCUUCUUUCUGCUUGCCCUGUGCUCGAGGAGUUAGUCAUAGAUGGAUUCAACUGUGAACGUUGGAAUUGGUCUCACAUUGUCUGUAGUCAGACCCUUAGGAGACUUACUAUUAGGCGUGCAUAUACAGUAGAAGAAGAUUUUGAAGACUAUGAGUUUAAGAGAAUUAGUUUUGAUAUUCCCAGUCUUGCCUACUUAGAAUACGAUGAUUAUAUUCAUGACGAGUUUCCAGUUGUUAAUCUCGACUCCCUUGUUGAAGCGACGCUCGAUUUUAAUCUGCUGACUUUUUGGAAUAAAACCGAUCCAACGAAUCUGUUCAGUGGGUUAAAAAAUGUUCAGAUUCUGCGCUUAGACUGUGCUGACACGGUGCUGCUGUUCGGGGUUGGCAGUGAAACAGCCACAGUGUUUGAAAACAUGUCUCAUUUAUAUAUGCCAACUGAAACACAUUUCUGCUGGGAUGGUCUAAAACGUUUUGUUAAGAAAUCUCCAAAUCUGAGGACUCUCACCAUUGGGGAUUUGCACUAUCGGGAUUUAAAAUCUGUCUGCAAAUGCGUGGAGGGGUAUUCUUUCCUUUUGAACUCCCCUAUUGAGAUCCUAAAGAUAACCCGCUUCAAUGGAUCGAUCGGAGAAAUGGUGCAACUAAAGCAUUUCUUGGAGAAAUUGCAAUGCCUGGUGCUGUUGAAAGUUCAUGUCAAGGUAAGUAGUGACGAAGAAAAGCUGCAGAUCUUGGCGGAUCUCUUAAUGCUUCCGAGAGCUUCAUCCAAAUGCAAAGUCGAGGUCAAGUUCGGUUAAACAAACUAGAGUUUGUUUGCCUCAACAUGAACAUUUAGAUCUGAUCAAAGGAACAGACGUGGUUCCUGGUUUGUUGACAUGAGAGGUGUUAUUUGUUUUGUAUCUUUCGUGCAUGAUAUUGUUCUGAAUCGAACAGUUACAUUUUUCUUGUCAUCUCUUAACUUAGUAGUUGUUUUGUGCCUAAAACAGUCUUGAGUUUGUAACAGAGAGGCUAAGCUACAAAAUGUCUCUAUUGUUGCUUUGA